UACUGUUCCUUUUGGCCGCCAUUUGCAAUCAUCAAAGGCAGGUUGUAGACGAAGAUUCAGUUAAAAUGGCGAGGCAGGCUGGCGGAUUUCAGUAUAAUGAAUAUCUCAGUAAAGCAGAAGAUGUUGCUGAUCAAGUUCUUCGCCAUGGAAAGCACGUUUUACCCCAUGUAGCUCGUUUCUGUCUUAUUUCGACGUUCUUUGAAGACGGUAUUCGAAUGUGGUUUCAGUGGGGCGAACAAAGAGACUACAUCGAACAGACUUGGCAUUGUGGAACAGUUCUUAGUGUCCUCUUUGUCAUUUUUAACUUGUUUGCACAAAUUGGUGGCUGCCUAAUGAUUCUCAGCCGUCAGAAAGUGGAAUAUGCUGUAGGAGUUCUUUUCUCUGUUGUACUGAUUCAGACUGUUGGUUAUAGCAUAUUGUGGGAUUUCAAGUUCUUGUUACGAAACCUUGCUCUUUGUGGAGGUCUGUUGUUGCUGUUGGCAGAAGCCCGAUCAGAACAGAGAAGCCUCUUUGCUGGUGUACCCAGUGUUGGUGGUAACUCCCCCAAAACAUACCUUCAGCUUACUGGCCGUGUCCUGCUUGUCUUCAUGUUCGCAACCCUUAUUAAAUUUCAGUUUGUGUUUUCAUAUCUUUUACUAGAUAUUGCUGGUACUAUUUUAAUGAUCUUAGUUGGAAUCGGCUACAAGACCAAGCUAGCAUCAUUGGUUCUUGUUGUAUUUCUUUCCCUUCUCAAUGUUUAUUUGAAUCCUUUCUGGGUCUUUGAUUCCAACUCUCCCAUGAGAGAUUUCUUGAAGUAUGAUUUUUUCCAGACCAUGUCUGUUAUUGGUGGCUUAUUGCUGGUUGUUGCUUUAGGCCCAGGAGGUGUAAGCGUUGAUGACUACAAGAAAAAAUGGUGAAGUAAAAAUCCAUUCUUAACUCACUUCUACUAUGUAUGUACCUGUAGAUUACUAAAAAUGGUAUUUAUGUUGUGAUAAGUCAAAUAUGUCUGUAACAUUUUUUUUGUAUCCAUCAUUAAGACAGUAGUAUUUGACAGUGAACAUCAAUAUCCAUGUACAGGUACAUCGAUCCAUUAGAAACUGAACCUAAAGAGUCCAUUCAUAGUUCCGACAUUGCUGCAGUUUUCCCAGUGGAAUCAAAAUCUUGUCCCACAAACAACCACACAUUUGUUUUGAAGAGUACUACAAGGAUUACGCUGUACAAGCCAAUUUUAUUUUAUUUUCUCAGGACAUGAAACGUUGUGGCAAUUUAUGAUUUAUUUUUCUCAAUCAGAGGUUUUAAACUCUAAUAUGUUCUAUCUAAUUCGUUGAGCUUGUGGGACAUAGCAAUGAUAACUAAGGGAAUUCGGAACUAUGAAUUAGUAUAAUUAUGAAUUACAUAGUAUAAUUCUCAGAUUUUACAUGAGACUUGUUAGGAUUUUGAAAACUAUAACUUACGCUAGACUCUCUAUCUACCAGUCAAUGUUACAAGAGUUGUCUCUGAUGUAUUACAACACACCUUACAAUAUAAAUAGACAUGUAAACAUACAAAAGCAGAAUAAAAGUUAUCGUAUUCCUGACUAAUAUUGUUUGAAAAGUUGUGAAAUAGAGAUUUAAGGAAAGAUUAAAAGAAUUUAAAUUA